AUGGAUAGAAGUAGAGAGGUUGGAGAGCAAGGGGGAGUUGCUGGUCGAGGAGUGGGGACUCACCAACCAGCCAACCCUAUGCUACCUACGUCUACUACACCAUCUCCAACAACCGUGGAUCCCGUGAAGGCGUUCUCUAUUGAGAGAUUCAUGGGGGAGGACUACGAGCACUGGAGCUUCCGCAUGAGGCUGAUGUAUACCCAAUACAAGCUAUUAGAUCUGGUGGAGGGGAAGGAGAAGAUGUCGGAGACCGCGGAGCUGAAAGGAGCGUGGAUGAAGCGAUCGUUCGAUGCGUACAUGCUCAUGGACAUCUUCACGAAGCUCCAAGGAGGCGGUGUGGUGUACCCGGAGCUCGUGCAAUGCGUGGAUUACAUUCGCGUGCGCAUUUUAGAGGAGGACUUGCGGCGGCGGAGUGUGGAGCGCUCGGAGGAGGGGGCUGGCUAUGGAGUUGGAGGUGGAAAGAGUGGCUUCAAGAAGAAGUGGAAGGGCAAAAACAAGGACAACCCUAAGGAGGAUGGCGGCGGGGGUCAAGGGGAGGUGUGCUUCUACUGCAAGAAGCGCGGACAUCGUUGGCGGAAGUGCUACCAACGACCCAAGAAUUGGACCCCGCCUUCAUUGAGCAACCUGCAUGGUGGCAAGAGGAUUGGGGGAGUCAUGGGAGCUAGUGGAGAGGAGAAGGAGGAGGAGAAAGGCGGCAAAUCUGAGGAGCGGAAGGCCGGGUUCUUCUUUUUCGUGAACGAAGGCGCAACCGGCCUCGCUAUGGCUGCCAAGCUGCACCUUGAGGAUCUCCCUGGGUCAGAGCUGACCAGUGACCACAGUGGCGGUGGUGAGCAGCAAGUUUCUGGUCCUGCUGGAGAGGAAGGGUUGGAGGAUGAGUCGGCACGUGUGGACUCACCAUCUCAGCCCGAGCUUGCAACAAACGCCAAGGUCACCAAGAGGAGUGUGCAGAGAGGAGCUUCACCACAUGGGCAAUAG